AUGACCACAACCACUCACGCUGCAGCGACCACAGCCCUCGUCCUCGACGAGAAACGUCUCUCGUCGGAUGACAAGACCGAAGUCGGCUCCAACAUUGUCGAUCUCUCCGCCCAGGCCAAGUCCGAGGCCGAGGCCAACGCCAACGUCGAGCAGCGCGCCGGCUCCGCCACUGGAGGCUCUGUCUCUGGUGUUGAUCAGGCCAACAACGACCAGCCCGAGUACCCUUCGACUGCCAAGCUUGCCCUGGUUAUCUUUUCCCUGUGCCUUGCCAUCUUCCUCGUUGCUCUAGAUCAGACUAUCAUUGCUCCUGCGCUGGGUGCAAUCACGGCACAAUUCCAGAGUGUCAAGGAUAUUGGUUGGUAUGGCUCCUCUUACUUGCUCACCACCACAGCUCUCCAGCCCAUGUACGGAGCUGUCUACAAGCACUUCAAUGUGAAGAUUGCCUACCUUACAGCCGUCUUCGUCUUUGAAAUUGGCAGUCUGAUCUCUGCCGUUGCGCCAUCCUCAGUCGUCUUCAUUGUCGGUCGUGCCAUUGCUGGAAUUGGAACCGCGGGUCUUUUCUCCGGAUCCAUUGUCAUUAUCUCCCUGAUCAUGCCCUUGGAGAAGCGUCCCCUUGCCUUUGGUCUGGUUGGUGGCAUGUGGGGAAUCGCAUCCGUUGCAGGGCCUCUUCUUGGAGGUGCCUUCACCGACCAUGCCACCUGGCGAUGGUGUUUUUAUAUCAACCUUCCUAUCGGCGGCCUCGCCAUGCUGAUCGUCUUCUUCUUCGUCCAUGUUAAUCGUAACUCGGCCGAGUCCCGCAACAUGCCCUUCAUAAAACGUGUCCGACAACUUGAUCUUGCUGGUGCCGCCAUCUUCACCCCUGCCAUUAUCUGUCUGCUUCUUGCCCUGCAGUGGGGGGGUGCCGAUUAUCCCUGGAGCAACUCGCGCAUUAUCGGUCUCUUCUGUGGCUUCGGUGCCAUGAUCGCCAUCUUCAUCGCCAUUCAGUUCUGGAAAGGUGACCAAGGAACUCUGCCCCCACGUUUAUUCAAAAACCGCAACGUCUUAUUGGCAAUGCUCUUCGCUAUGUUCUUUGGGGCCGGCUUCUUUCCCCUUAUAUACUACCUCUCUCUCUACUUCCAGGCCAUUCAGGGUGUGAGCGCUGUCCAGGCUGGAAUCAAGAUUUUACCUCUCUUGCUCUCAACCGUUAUCAGCGCUAUCGUCUCGGGGGGCGUCAUUACUGCUGUCGGCUACUAUAACUUUGUCAUCAUCCCUUGCAUGAUUCUAUUUACAGUUGGUAGUGGGAUGCUCACCGCCCUCGACGUCGUUUCGCCCCUGAAGGAGUGGUUUGGCUAUCAGGUCAUCGCGGGCCUUGGACUUGGCGCCGGUUUCCAAAUUGGUGUCUUGAUCGUGCAGACUGUAUUACCUCAGGAAUGGGUUCCUGUUGGUACUGCCGCGGUCCAGUUCUUCCAAGCUCUCGGGGGGGCUCUUUUUGUUGCUGUUGCCCAAACUGUCUUGCAGAACGGCCUCAUUGACACUAUCAACGACGACAGCAUCGGGAUUGACCCUACCAUCUUCAUCAACAGUGGUGCCUCGGAGGUCAAGGGUGUACUCCGCAGAAUGGGUCGACUAGAUGCUUUUGACACUAUCCUCAAGGCGUAUAUGAAGGGUCUCCGAGACACAUUCUAUAUCACCCUAGCUUGUGCUGCCUGUGCCUUCAUCUGCUGCCUGUUCUUCCAAUGGAAGUCGGUUAAGCAGGGCUCUGACGGUCACAGAAAGAAGACUGAGCCUGCAGUGCCCGUCUGA